AUGAAUACCCAUUUCUUUCAAAACAAUCAACAGCAAAGUGGAGCGUUCCAGACUAUACCUUCCUCCCAAACAACAGGAAUUUCAAAUUUCAACAAAAAUGUACCAAUGAACAUGUACCAAUAUCAGCAUAACCAAGUUAAUCCAGAUGCCAUUCUUGGAGAUAUAUCCUUCAAUUCGAACGCUCGAGGAAGUAAAAAUGAUGUCUUAUCUAUAAAAGAGACUCAGCUAUCAUCCUUGCAGAUCGAGAUGGAUCAUUUGAAAAGCAUAUUAAAAGAGCGAGUACAAGAACAACAGAAGAGUGUUGACGAUCCUAACUCCCAUGAGCUUCUGAAUGUAACAAAUCAUGAACUAUUAUUUACAAGACUGAACUCAUUAUUACAAGAUAAAGAAAGAGAAAUUAAGGAUAUACGAUUCAAAUACGAAAGUAUGUUGACAGCUCUGGCUUUAGACCCGGCCAAUCCUAUGAAAUCAUAUGGUCAACUAGAUGUCGAGAUGAUUUCUCAAAAGAUGGUUACUCAAUUAGAAACAUUAACGAAAGAAAAUCAAGAAAUGUCGAAGUUAUUGAAUUUUGAAGUCUCCAAAUCCAAAAACAUUGAGUUAAACCUAGUUAGGAAAGAAAAUGACGAACUACGGAAGAGACUUAAUCAAUUAGAAAGAGAGGCCAAAGCAUCAACGUAA